UCUAUCUUCUUUUUAUAUAUUUCUACAUGUACAUUUAACCAACCACACAUUUUGCAAGUUUUCAAUCCAACUAAAGAAAGAAAAUGGCAGCCACCAUAGGUACCAUGGCCGUCCUCAACGCCAAAUGCUUCACCAAAGCAUCUAUUAACAACCCAUCAAAGCCGAAACCCGUCUCCCUUCUCUCCAUCCACAACCUCCCCAAAGGUCUCUUAUCCUCAGAAAACGCCUCAAACUUAUCCAUCCCACUCACUGGAGCCGCAAUUGCAGGAGCCAUUUUCUCAACACUUAGCUCAUGUGACUCCGCAUUUGCAGCUCAACAAAUCGCAGAAUUAGCUGAAGGGGGAGACAACAGGGGAUUAGCCCUGUUGCUCCCUUUGAUCCCGGCUCUAGCCUGGGUUCUUUACAACAUUCUUCAACCAGCACUGAACCAAAUCAACAAAAUGAGGAAUCAAGGAAUCAUAAUCGGGCUUGGUCUUACCGGGCUAGCAGCAACAGGCUUCUUUAACACUCCAGAAGCCUCAGCGGCUAGCGAUAUUGCGAUGAUUGCAGAAGCAGCAAGUGAUAACAGGGGACAACUUUUGUUGAUUGUUGUAACACCUGCUUUGCUUUGGGUAGCUUACAACAUUCUACAACCAGCUUUGAAUCAGAUUAACAAGAUGAGAUCAGAUUGAAGAUCAUCAUAGUUUGUAAUAUUUGGACCAUAUAAAAUUUUAUCAAUCAAUCAACUCUUUUCCUUGUGUAUCGAGUA